AGAGAGAUGUUGUUUUAAUAUCUUAUCAUUUAUUUUGGUUUAGAAUCUAAAUAUUUUAAAAAUUAAGCUACUUGUACUACAUCAUGGAUUUAAGUUGGUGCAGAUUAUGUGUUAAUGUUGUUAGCAGCAAAGUUGCAGAAAAUCUGUUUGAUAACAAUAAAAUUAUGCAAGAAUUUAAGGAGCUAGUUGGAAUUCAGUUAAAAAACGAAGCAGAUUUGCCUCCAUAUAUUUGUGAAGAUUGUGAACUGAAACUGGAAAUGAUACAUGAAUUUCGUGUUCGUUGUUUACGAGCACAAAGCUAUUUUGCUUCAAAUAAAUUUAAAGAAAGAUUAGAUGAAGCUAAGAAAAGUAUUCAAGAAAAUGAUAUGGAGUGCAAUAUAUUAGUUGCAAUCAAAAAUGAAAGAGAACUAGAAUUUAAACAAAUACAUAUAUUUGAUUCAAAUUGUAUAAAUGAAGAUGUCGCAGACAACAAUGUUGAGCAUGAAUUACCAACUGAUGAAGAUAGUAUGCCAUUAAAAACCACAACACAAUUAGUAGAAGAUGAACCGUCUAUCUAUUCGAAAAGCAAAAAAAAAUAUAGCAGUGAUCGACCACAAAUAUGCGAAAUCUGUGGUCGACAACUUGCUACGCGAAAUCUUUAUUAUCAUCAUAUAAGAAGGCAUAGGGGCAUAAAAAAACACGCUUGCAAUUAUUGUCCCAAAAAAUUUAUAUGCAGUACAGAGAAAAUAAUACACGAACGUACACACACUGGAGAACGACCUUUUGGUUGUACGUAUUGCGAUCAAAGAUUUUCUACUGAAUAUCGAAGAAAAUUACAUGAAAGAAGUAUGCAUACAAAUAAUCGUCCACACAAAUGUAGAUUUUGUUGUAAAGGAUUCGUAAAUAAUAAAUCCUUACAAAAACAUUUGUUGAUACAUAUUGGUCAGCAAUUUUGUUGUGAGCCCUGCGGUAAAUCCUUUUCAUACAAAUGCAAUUAUCACACCCAUCUGAAAUCAUUAACUCAUAAAAGAAAAUUGGUAGAAGCAAAGCAAACUAUUUGCGAUUAACAUAUCCACAUCGAUACUAAUUAUAUUUUGAAUAAAGUUAAUUCAUACAAAAUA